AACUCGGCGAUACAAACACUCACACCCGCUCCUGCACGCCUGAAGUGUCGGCUGUCGACCGGCGGAAGACUGCAGGACAGCACCACUGCACCGGGACGGAACAAAACCUCCAGUCAGGCUGAAACCAACUAACCACUGCGGGAACAAGAGAGCCGUCAGGAAAACAACAUGAAGAAACCGCCGCUGACCACCGAGGCUUUGCUUUCUCAUGGAACGUAACAAUUCUUGGUCCAUGCAUCAGCCAGCUUUAUCCGGGCUGAUGCGGCCAAACAUUCAUUUAUUCCAAGACAUUUCCUGAGACACUUUCCUCCGUGCUUGAUUACACAGACAGGCAGACAGGAAGAGGACGUUAUGGACUGACUGAGAGAGUCAUAGCACAUGCGAACAAAUGAGUCACAUAUGAGAGAUAGAUGAUGUAACAGUGUCUGGGACAGAGUCUUCUAGCAAGACAUGAAGCUAAUUAGACCGAGACAGAGGGGAAAAAGUGUUUUUUAACAAGCUUUUGACCCUUGUUCAGUGACUUUGCCAAUGACAAAAACAGUUACAUUCUCAGGCAGCGGAGAGGUAAUGACCUAAUUCAGAUUAAAUGACCUCACGCUGAUAAGUAGCUGGGUGAUGGAACAUAAUCACAAAUGGCCUCUUAUCAUCGUGACUGGGGUGUGUGAGGUUACAUGAUUUUUGUGUGUGUGUGUGUGUGUGUGUGGAUGGCUGUCUAACUCAGAGAGGUGAGUUUUGAUGCUACUUGCAGUGAUGUUGCGGCGUGGACUACUAGCCUGGGUCUCCCGUGUUGGAGGCGUGCUGGUGCUCCUCUGCUGCUCCCUGUCACUCAUCUAUGUGAUGACCUGCAGUCCCCCGCACUCAGAUGACCCCCCACUGAGUCACGCUCUGCCUCGCGCUAGUCCCAACCACCCCAGUCUGGGGGGUAUAGGGCCAGGGUUGGCAGCAGGAGUCGGUGGGACAGGAGGAGCAGGAGCUGGACCUCCCCAAAGUGGCGGACCCCCAGGUGUCCAAUCUUACCAGGCGCUCCUCCAAGAGCGUGAGGAGCAACAUCGCCUCCACAUCUCCUCCUUGAAGAAGCAGAUAGCUCAGCUGAAAGAGGCUCUGCAGGAGCGCAGCCAGCAGCUGAAAGGAGUACAGGAGAGCCUGAAGAUAGCCGCUGGGGGCCCAGCAGAGGGGCAGGAAACUGGGGCUGUAUCCCAGGGAGGUGGUCUCGGGGAGGCUCAGGGAGCCAAGAGCCAGCAGGCGGACCUCCAGGAGUUCCUGAGGAGCCAGCUGUCGAAGGCCGAGGUGACCGCCGGGACCAGGUUGCCCAGCGAAUACGCGGUAGUGCCCUUUGAGAGUUUCACCUUGCAGAGGGUGUACCAGCUGGAAAUGGGGUUGACACGUCACCCCGAGGAGAAGCCUGUGAGGAAGGACAAGAGAGAGGAGCUGGGGGAGGUGCUGGAAACGGCUCUGCACAGCCUCAACUCGCCCUCAUCCCAACAAGACAGCAGGGGUGCAGCUGAAAAGACUCAAAGUAGCAAAGUCUACACGCCAUCUGACUUCAUAGAAGCCAGGAUAUCCUGUCCUGCUCUGAUCACAACUGCAGGAAAUGAAGCCAGCUGCUCCUCAUUCACAGUUGAGCAUCUCUUCAAACAUGGUAUCACUCGUACAGAGAAGGACAAAGGGACGCUGUAUGAGCUGACGUUCAGAGGGGAGUCGAGUAAUGAAUUCAGGCGCCUGAUCCUCUUCCGUCCCUUUGGGCCGCUGAUGAAGGUGAAAAACGAGAGGGUGGACACAGCCGGCGUCCCGAUUAACAUCAUCGUCCCACUGUCCAGACGCACAGACAAGUUCAAGCAGUUCAUGCAAAACUUCAGGGAAGUCUGCGUGCGUCAGGACGGCCGGGUCCAUCUGACAGUGGUGUAUUUUGGGAAAGAACAGAUGAGCGAAGUGCGCAGCACACUGGAGAACACAUCCAGGGAAGUUAAUUUUAAAAACUACACCCUGCUGCAGCUGGACGAGGAGUUUUCUCGAGGACGGGGUCUAGACGUCGGGGCCCGAGCCUGGAAAGGAGGCAACGUGCUCCUUUUCUUCUGCGACGUGGACAUCUACUUCACCGCUGACUUCCUCAACACCUGCCGCCUCAAUACGCAGCCUGGCAAAAAGGUGUUUUACCCGGUGUUAUUCAGCCAGUACAAUCCCACUCUGAUCUACGGAAGUCCUGAGCACAUCCCACCUGUGGAGCAACAGCUGGUGAUCAAGAAAGACACAGGGUUCUGGAGGGAUUUCGGUUUCGGUAUGACCUGCCAGUACAGGUCUGACUUUAUCAACAUAGGAGGCUUUGACAUUGACAUCAAAGGCUGGGGUGGUGAAGACGUCCACCUCUACAGAAAGUACCUCCACAGUAACCUCCUAGUGGUCCGCGCGCCGUCUCGUGGCUUGUUCCACCUGUGGCACGAGAAGCAUUGUGCUGAUGAGCUCCCUCCAGACCAAUACCGUAUGUGCAUGCAGUCCAAGGCCAUGAACGAGGCCUCGCACGGCCAGCUGGGGAUGCUGUUCUUCAGGCACGAGAUUGAGGCUCACCUUCGCAAGCAGAAACAGCAAAACUCAAACCCCAAGAAGACAUGAAGACUUGCACCUGAUUGAGUUGAGUUACAUCAUCGCAAUGACUGCAGUCAGAUCAAUUCAACUGAACUGAACUACAUCAGAUUUAAGAGGAAUAGCUCAACAUUUUGGGAAAUAGGCUUAUUCUCUUUAGAGUUAGAUGCGAAGAUCGAUACCGCUUUCAUAUCUGUCUAUUAAAUAUGAAGUUACAGCCAGGACAUGGUUAGGAUAGCUUAGCAUAAAGAUUGAAAGCAGGGGGAACAGCUAGCCUGGCUCUGUCCAAAGGUAACAUCUAUGUUUCUAUUUAUUGACUAUUUCUUGGCCAGGUGAAGUGACUUCCACGUCCAAAAAAUAGCCCAAAUUGUAAUUUUUACACUAUUUACACACAGUUUUUGUACAGAUUUAAAAGAACAACAACAAAAAAAACAACAAAACAAGAUAAAAUGUGAAUUAAUGAGCUUUGGAGGCGCUGGUAAAUGGAUUUUGUUUCCUUUGACAAAGCCAGGCUAGCUGUUUCCAGUCUUUAUGCUAAGCUAAGCAAACUGUCUCCU